GGCAGCAACGGUCAGAAGACUAAAACAGAGGAACUGCAGACCAGAAGAAGAAGCAGCAGAAACAGCAGAAGUUGUUGUGGAAGCAUCGUGUGGAAGCAACGAUCCCGGUUACCGUGCAGUGAUGGCUGGUCUGGACUCAACCAAAACAUGGCUCUCUGCUCAGCUGCUGGUCUUCUGGAUGCUCUCCAACAUCUCUGAGUCCACCGUGUGUCUGAAUGCUCCAGAUGCUGUCAUGCUGGAGGAGAACUCGAGAGCAAGUAUCAUCGUCACCUCCAGUUCAGCUGGAAACCAGUCGACUGUGAUUUACCUAAACAUAACCUACAGCUCCAGGAGGAACUACUCUUCUGUAAUAACUCUACCUGAACAGGUGUUGCUUCCUGAGGAGGCUACUUCUGUCAGCUUCCCUGUGACAUCCCAUGAGGUUGGUCAGGUGACUACAUACCUGCUCAGCAACAGCUCCAACCUGACCAGAUCCAGGAUUCACUUUACAGUGAUCCACAGCAGAGUCCUGUUGGUGGUCAGCGAGGCGAUCGGCUGGAUUUACUUUGUGGCCUGGUCUGUGUCGUUCUAUCCACAAGCCUGGGAAAACUGGAGGAGAAAAAGUGUUGUAGGUCUCAACUUUGACUUCCUGGCUCUGAACCUGACAGGAUUCAUAGCUUACAGCGUCUUCAACGUCGGGCUGUUCUGGGUACCCUACAUAAAGGAGUUGUUUCUGGAGAAGAACCCCAAUGGAAUCAACCCGGUCAGUGCCAGCGAUGUCUUCUUCAGUCUUCAUGCGCUCCUCUUCUGUGUCCUCUAUGUCAGCCAAGCUGUUGGUUAUGAGAAGGGGGGUCAGAGAGUCUCUUGGACUGCCAGGUUCUUGUUGCUGAUUGGCUGGACGUUUGCUGUGGUCAGCUUGUUUCUUGCUGUAGCCAAACAGAUUACCUGGUUGGAUUUCCUGUACUUCUUCUCCUACAUUAAACUUGCAGUCACGCUGGUGAAAUACGUACCACAGGCAUACAUGAACUACAGGAGACAGAGCACUGAGGGAUGGAGUAUUGGGAACGUCCUGUUGGACUUCACUGGUGGAGGCUUCAGUAUUCUCCAGAUGAUCAUCCAGUCCUAUAAUAACGAUGAGUGGAUGCUGGUGUUUGGUGAUCCCACUAAGUUUGGUUUGGGCCUCUUCUCAGUGCUGUUUGACAUCAUCUUCAUGAUUCAGCACUACUGCCUGUACAGACGGGUGAGACGGUAUGAAGCUGUUCCGGAUCUACAGGAUGACUGACACCAGCUCAAAUCCACACACUGGAGCAGAACUGUUCAGCUCAAGCUGUCUCACUAAAGACUUGCCGUUGGUCAUCUUUGACCCCCCCCCCCCAGAAGUGCCUGCAGGCCUGUGAUCCUGAUGCUGAUACUUCAGUGAUGUUGUUUCAGAACCAUCUCAGGAAGAUCAGCUUGGCUCUUUCUUACACUCUUUACUGAGAGCAUAUUUAACAUAAUUAACUUAAUGACUUAAAGCACUUUUUAACACACACACACACACACACUUUAGAAAUGUAAUCACGUGUUUAUUUUUUCAUGAUUUGAUCUCAAAUGUAACAGCUGUAACAAUGUGUUGUUAGACCUGAUUAAAUAUGCUGAUUAAUGAGUUAAUUUAAUAAGUAAACCAGCUUUAAUUGUGCUUUUAUUAAUAUUAUUGAUAUAACAAUAAUAAUAAUAAUAAUAAAAAAAUAACAUAACAAAUGUAUAGAAACGGCAAGAAAAUAAUCUGCUUUCCAGAUAAUGCUAAUUUGUAGUUAUGUAUCAUAAAGAUAAUUUUGUUUGUUUUUUAAUUAAACUCCUCCAUGGUAA